UAAGGUAGAGAACCAAUGAAUCGGAAGAUGAAUUUCAAGAACGUGAAAGUUCCGAAAGUGCCGGGAGGAGGGGCAGCAUCUGCAUUGCUCAAGUUGGGAGUGAUUGGUGGUCUUGGCUUGUAUGGAGCCGCUAACAGUCUUUACAAUGUCGAGGGAGGGCAUAGAGCCAUUAUGUUCAACCGCCUAGUUGGUGUUAAAGACGAGGUUUAUCCUGAAGGGACACAUCUAAUGAUACCAUGGUUCGAGAGACCAGUUAUCUACGAUGUACGAGCACGACCUCAUUUGAUCGAGAGUACUUCGGGAAGUCGGGACCUUCAGAUGGUCAAAAUUGGACUUCGAGUCCUGACUCGUCCUUUACCUGAUCAAUUACCUACAAUUUACCGUACGCUGGGAGAAAACUAUAAUGAGAGGGUUUUGCCUUCGAUUAUUCAUGAAACUUUGAAAGCUGUGGUUGCGCAGUACAAUGCAAGCCAACUUAUUACCCAAAGAGAGGCUGUCAGUAGAGAAAUACGGAAGAUAUUGACAGACAGAGCAGCUAAUUUCAAUAUUGCGUUGGAUGAUGUGUCCAUUACUAGUCUAACUUUCGGAAAGGAGUUCACUGCCGCCAUUGAAGCCAAACAAGUGGCUGCACAAGAAGCUGAAAGGGCUAAAUUUGUCGUGGAGAAAGCUGAACAAGACAAGAAGAGUGCAGUCAUUAGAGCACAGGGUGAGGCCGCAAGUGCUCAGUUGAUAGGUCAAGCUAUAGCCAACAAUCCUGCAUUUAUCACUUUGAGGAGAAUUGAAGCUUCAAGAGAAAUUGCCCAUACAAUUUCAAAUUCGAGCAACAAGGUUUUCCUGAAUUCAGACGAUCUUCUGCUUAAUCUCCAGGAUAUGGAAUUGGGAAGCAAAACCAGUACGAAGAAAUGAGAGGAAAUGGUUAAUUUUCAAUAUGGUUAGUUUUCAUCCUCCAGUCGUCCAAUUACGAGUGCUUCCAACUGUGCACGCCUAGUAAAUUUUCUUGACCUGCCGAACUCUGGAAAAGUAAUGCUCCCGGGAGGAUGUACAUUAACUGUUCAGACAAGCUUCAAACUGGACACCCUUUUUCUCUUUAUUUGUCCUCUUGUUUCCAUAAUGUCAAUAAGGUUGGUAGUUCUUUCUCACCAGGACCAACGACAGUGGUGCUUUGAUUAAUCUGAUUGUACUCAUUGCUUCAACGAGGUGAUUGUACAUGGCAAUUCAUUUAUUGAAGAGGUCAAAGAAUUAACAAA